ACUUCAAGUUGUCAUGCGCUUGCACUCGUACUAAACACAUCAUGAUGGCCCGAGCCAGAAUGAGAGUCAGACUGGGCUCCUUGGAUUCCACACGACAGUUGAGAUACAGUCGACGUCGGACACCGUAUUCAGCAUAUACGGAGAAAGGGCCGAAUGUGCCCCUUGCUUUCAUUGGCACAUCCAUUGCAAUCUCCUCUAUAGAAGUCAAAUUUGGAAUGAUUCAUGAUUCAAGCGACUCGAUGGGCUGGUUGUCGCGUAAUGAUAUUUUCAAGUGCACACAAUACUUCAGAUUUGAUGGAAGGAAAUUAUCUGUCAGACCGGGAGUGUCGGUGAGUAUGAAACCCGUGAGGUACUUACUACGGCUGCAGUACCGAAAUUUUGAUGUGCGUGAGACCGGUCUCGCCUUGUGCUCUUUGGUCCCGGGUACUGCCGUGUCUAGCGCUGAUUUAGAUUUGGAGUUUUAUAAUCAGCCGAAUGUCUUAUCUGAGCCUUACACUGGCGCUCGCCACUCGCGAAGGGACAACGGUGCCUGCUUGUGUUUCACCAUCGACGUACGACGGACAGCUAGCGUCCAGCGGCAAACAGGACCUACCACGGUGUAUCUUCCCGUGGGUCUGGAAGGAGCUGUGGAUGGCAAAGAUAUAGACGUCAUGGCUGCUCAUCUUCAAAACAAUCUUGAAAUUGAAUGGUCAAAUCACCCAUGGUGGUAG